CUUGAGGACUAGUGAGCAAGUUGAGCCACAGCAAUCCAAAGAAUAGGUGCCUUAUGUCCAAUCUUGUUGCUGAGGGUACAAAUUUUGAUGGAAUAGUUGAAGCCAUGACAGGAAAUGGGAUUGGAUUAUCUAGAACUCCAGAAAUCACGUCCCCUGUGGCUCUACAGUGCAGUAGUCCAGUUGAAGCGCAAACUCCUCCAGUUGAGCCCGCUAGUGCUUAUGAGGGCCCUGAUAGAGCUCAAGAUGCAUGUGACAGUCGAGGGAAAAUGAUCUCUGUGCAUUCCCAUUCCAAAGAACAUAAUGUCAAUGGAGCCACAUGCAUGAUGAACGAAGGGGAAGGCCAUAAUAUUUUUUAUGAUGGUCGCAGGGAGAAAAUUCUGCUUGAGGAUUCGGAUAAGGAUAUAACUGUAGAUCCUCCUUCAUCCAGGGAACUAAUUUCUUAUGGAAGUCCGUUGAAUGUUUCAGAUAGAGAGUUAUCAAGACAAUGUGAAAGUCCGCUCUUUCCAGAUCAGCAAACUUCUGAUGGAGUCUCAUUACACAUGCACGAUGGACAGGUUCCACUUGAAGUGCCUGGAACUAGUCGUGAAAUAGCUCAAUGUUAUAAUGGCAGAGAAUGCCGAACAGAGGUGGUAGUGUUGGAUCGAACUGUCACAUCAGAGGAGCAGGAACAAAUGCAUAGUACUAUGAACAAUAACAACUUGUCCCAGGCACUACAAGAUUCGCAAGCCUCUUUAUUAACAUCCCCCAGAAUGGUUGAUAAAGAUGCAACAGUUGGAGAAAGACAGAACUCGUCCGGACCAGCUGAACUGGUAUCUGGUCCAGUUGAUGUUAUUCCAGCAGAUCAAUCAAAUCCCCAGUCAGUCAUGGAGCCUCUUGAGCAGGUGCAGCAAUUACCAUCUGCAGAGUCCCUUGCUUCCAACCAGGGCACAGGUGGAGAAAUGCAGAUCUCCGCUUCGCAAGUUGAGGCGGUGUCUAGUCCUACUGAUGCUUUACCAGCUGGUCAAUUUAGUCAUGACCCAGUCGUGGAGCCUCUAGAGCAAGUACAGCAAUUAGCUUCUGCAGAGUCCCUUGCUUCUAACCCGGACACUUCUGGAGAAAUGCUUAACUCUUCCCAGCGAGUUGAGCCAGUAUGUUGUCAAAUUGAUGUGACACAAUCUAAUGGAUUGAAUCAUGAGUCACUGGUCGGGGAGCUUCUGCAGCAAAUGCAGCAAUUUCCACCUGCAGAGUCCCCUAAUUCCAACCAUUAUCCAUCUAUGGCAACUGGAAUUGAACUUCGGUCAAACAGUGAAGAUUCUCUUUCUGGCCGUAUUCCACCUGCACAAAUGGAGGUUGCGAAUCAGACCGUUGUUCAUCCUGCCUCAAAUUCUGAUCUUGUUUCGCAUGCACCUCUUGGUGCAUUCAGAACGCAAUCAUUAGACACAAGAAAUGUUUUCACACCUUCAGAGAUCAAUAAUCAUCUUAGACAAACUGCAACCCAAUCGAUGAACAGGAUGCAUUCACCUUUGGUCAUUGAUCCAUUAAAAAAUGAAUUGGACAGAUUACGUAAAGAAUCAGAGCAAACCUUGAAAUACUAUGAAGAUACGAAACUGCAGUUGAAAUCUGAUUGUGAGAGGGAAAUCGAGGAAAUUCGCAGGAAGUAUGAUAUCAAGUUACAGGAGAGUGAGGUUGAGUUUCAACUGAAAAGGAAGACCCUGGAUACAAGUCUCAACUUAGUUCAAAUGAAUCAGGCAUGGGCUGAGGCUUUUAGGUCUAAAUGCAUGGAUCUUAGAGUAUCUGGGGCAUCAGGAACGCAGCAAGAUCCAAGUUUCGCGCAGCAAUUGGUUUGGUUUUCAAGACAGCAAAGAGAUAUGAGGCCUCCCCUUGUUGCAAGUCCGCCUCUUGGGCCUCCUGCAUCUACCCUGCAGCAUUUUGCCACUGCCGCUGGCUCUCAGACCAUGGUGCCACUUGUAUCCAGUAUGCAGCCCUUCUCCCCUCCAGCGAGCUCACAGAUUUUGGGGACACCUAUGCCUGCUCCGGCUAGCUCUUCACCCAUGGUGCUACCUAUAUCGACUACAACUAUCUCACAGACCAUGGCGCCACCUCUACUAGCUGCUUACAAUGCAGCUCCAAGGCCACCUCAUAUCAGCUCCAUUCCUCCAUUAGCAAAUCAUCAAGCUGGUAGUGGGUUCCGUACCACUCCACCCCAUCUCCAGCAUUACAGACCCUCAACAUCUUUGCCUGAUUCUGGUCUCCCUACACCUGCGCAUGGUGUGUCGAGUCAACAAGCCCCUAAUAGCAUUCCUGUAAUUCCCUCAUUGCCUAACCAUUCUCGACCUACACUUUCAACCAAUAUAUCUGAUCCUCGUAAUAGAGUGCACCGGCCUGAAAUUCCUGCAGCGUUAACCAGUCCUAACUUAUCGGCCAGGGAGCCAGCUAUGGAUGGUAAUUGUCAACCCGGUUUGAAUCUGCGAAAUUCUCUAUUACGUUCGUCAAAUGUGACAUCAUUGCAGCAAUCUGAGUUUGGUACUUCUAGUAGCGUGCAGGAUGACUCUGUCCGUCCAGCUAUGUCGGCUGACAUAGUCUGUUUGUCAGAUGAUGACUAACCAAAGAGAGAGUUUGGUUUUCAGCUAUUUUGUCCUAACACGAUACGUAGCCGGCUGUAAGUUUUGCUUUAGGUUUGUGUUUCAGAGGCCUCUGAUUUGGGAUGGCUAUUAUGUGCUGUAAGGCAGUUAUAUUAGCUUUUGACGUUUGUCAAAAUACGCUAUUGUAAUUGACUAUUUGAUAUUAAAAUGUACAUAUAUGUAAUUAAUUGCCUUGGUAAAAAUAAAAAGUAAUUGUCUUGAA